CCAAUGGAACCGUGCAGGUGGUGUCUCCAAGAACAUGUGCCAAAGACCGGCCUCUGGGAAGAAAACCAUGUUCUCGUCAUCCAUGUGUUCAACAGGUCACUGAACCAGGAAGCCAGUGUUCUGGACGUUGCGUGGGUCGUGCCAUGAGGACGCAGCAGCAUCACACAGCUUGUCAACACCACAACAGCUCCGACUCUGACUGUGAUGACAGAACGAGACCCACCUUUAAGAGGAACUGCAUGUCAGGGGCCUGCGAUGUGUGCUGGCGCCCAGGCCCUUGGAGGCCCUGUACAGCAGCCUGUGGCAGGGGCUUCCAGUCUCGGAAAGUCGACUGUGUCCACGCAAGAAGCUGCAAACCUGUGGCUGAGAGAUACUGUGCACAGAAAAAGAAACCAACUUCCUGGCGGCACUGUCUUGGGCCUUCCUGUGAUAGUACGUACCCUGUUCAGAUGGAGAAACUGAGGCCAAAACAAGUCUGUCCUCCCCUCCUUGGCUUGCUGUAUCGUGCUGAGGCCUCCAUCAUACUGGCCACCAUUCGCUUGUCCCGCCUGAUCAGCACAACACCAUCAAUGCAGUGGAUCAGUGUGGUGUUCCAUGGGAUGUCACCUGUGGUCCAGGUCUCUUCAGAGUACCCAAAAUGGUGGCCACUAGCCACGUGGAGCUACUGGGCACUUGAAACAUGGCUGGUCCAGAUUGAGAGGUACUGUAAGUGUAAAAGACACACUGGGCAUCCAACACUUAAAGUGAACAAAAUGUGAAUUAUCUCAUUGAUAUUUCUUAUAAUGACUAUAUGCUGAAAUGAGGUCUUAAAUACACAUUGAGCUAAAUAAAAUAUACUAUGAAAAUUAA